AUGGGUAAUGCAAAUACACAUCAAAGCCACUUAGGAGAAGACUCACGAAGUGAUAAGAAGAAGAAACAACAAAAUCAGGGUGAUAAGAAGAGAUUAGAUGUGGCUCCACCACCACUUGAAGCUAAGAGGAAGCGUAAGAAUAAAAAUACACCUCAUUGCUCUAGGAUACCCACUAUAGUACCAAAUACGAAGUGUAGAUUGAGAUUGCUGAAACUAGAGAGAGUAAAAGAUUACUUGUUAAUGGAACAAGAGUUCAUAACAACUAUGGAGAGUAUCCGCCCUUCAGCUGAAAGAACUGAAGAGGAACAUACAAAAGUGGAUGACUUGCGUGGUAGUCCAAUGAGUAUUGGAAAUCUAGAGGAGAUAAUUGACGAAAAUCAUGCUAUUGUAUCAUCAUCUGUUGGGUCGGAAUAUUAUGUAAAUAUACUGUCGUUUGUAGAUAAGAGUCAACUACAGCCUGGUUCUUCUGUAUUAUUACAUAAUAAGGUCUAUUCAAUAGUAGGUAUAAUGAGUGAUGAGGUAGAUCCACUAGUUACUGUAAUGAAGGUUGACAAAGCUCCUUUAGAGAGUUAUGCAGAUAUAGGUGGACUAGAACAACAAAUACAAGAGAUUAAAGAAGCUGUAGAGAUCCCACUAACUCAUCCCGAAUUAUAUGAUGACAUAGGCAUAAAACCACCUAAGGGAGUUAUUUUAUAUGGACCACCAGGUACUGGUAAGACUUUACUUGCAAAAGCAGUUGCAAAUGAAACUUCUGCUACUUUCCUACGCGUAGUUGGUAGUGAACUGAUUCAAAAGUACUUAGGGGAUGGUCCUAAACUUGUACGUGAGUUAUUUAGAGUUGCAGAGGAGAACGCUCCAAGCAUUGUAUUUAUAGAUGAAAUAGAUGCAGUAGGAACUAAACGUCAUGAUGCUCAUAGUGGUGGUGAAAGAGAUAUACAGAGGACAAUGUUAGAGCUUUUAAAUCAACUAGAUGGUUUUGAAUCGAGGGGGGAUGUCAAAGUAAUAAUGGCUACUAAUAAAAUUGAAAGUCUUGACCCGGCUCUUAUUAGACCUGGUAGGAUAGAUAGGAAAAUUGAACUACCCAAUCCAGAUACCAAGACAAAACGGAGGAUAUUCCAAAUACACACUAAUAAGAUGACUUUAGCUGAAGAUGUCGACUUAGAAGAAUUCGUAAUGGCUAAGGAUGACAUUAGUGGUGCCGAUAUUAAGGCUAUUUGCACAGAAGCAGGGCUACUUGCACUUAGAGAGAGAAGGAUGAAAGUUACACAAGAGGACUUUAGGAAAGCGAAAGAGAAGGCUCUUUAUAGAAAAAAGGGUGGUAUUCCUGAAGGAUUAUAUUUAUAG